UGCAACACAGCCCUUGGAGCACAGAGGCACACACUCCAGAGCCGACAGACCAGCCCUGAGCAUCGCUGAGCAUCACAGCUGCGAAGAGCCCAGCACAGCCCAGCACAGCCAUAGAGCCUCAGCAGACUGCACCCCUCUCAACGUCCUGGGACCCCUGCCUGCAGCACAGGACAGAUAUGGACCCACUCCUGACGGAGGGGCUGGGCAGUGGGAACAGCACCCUGGGAGGAGGCCCCCUGAACCGAACAGACCCCCUGGAUGUGUUUGCUGGACUGGAGCUGCUCCUGCGCUUCAAGCCGCUCUUUGUGCCACUAUACUGCCUCCUGGUGGCAGUGGCCUGCGUGGGCAACGCCUUCCUGCUGGCCUGCAUCCUGGCUGACAAGAAGCUCCACAAUGCCACCAACUUCUUCAUUGGCAACCUAGCAGCCAGUGAUCUGCUGAUGUGUCUGAGCUGCGUUCCCCUGACGGCCUCCUAUGCCUUUGACCCACGAGGCUGGCUCUUCGGCCACUUCUUGUGUCACCUGGUGCCGCUGGUGCAGGCCUCUACUGUCUACGUGUCAGUGCUGUCACUGACGGCCAUCGCCGUAGACCGCUACGUGGUGGUGGCCUACCCAAUUCGCCGGCGCAUCCCCCUGCGCUACUGUGGCCUGGUGGCACUGGGAGUGUGGCUGCUGUCCCUGGCUCUGGCCACCCCUCCGACUCUGCACACCAGCUACCUGGACCUGCGGCCCGCUGGCCACAACCUGGUGGUAUGCGAGGAGUUCUGGAUGGGUGCUGAGACCCUACGACUCCUCUACUCCUGCCUCAUGCUUCUCAUGUCCUACAUGAUCCCCCUGUUGUCCGUCACUGUCUCAUACUGUGCCAUCACUGCCCACCUGCGACACCGCUGCGUGCCCGGAGCCGCCCAGCCCAACCAGGCCAAGUGGAACAAAAAGAAACGCAAGACCUUCACCCUGCUGGUGACAUCAGUGCUUGCCUUCGCUUUGUGCUGGCUACCCCUGCAGGUGUUAAACCUCAUCCGUGACCUGGACACGGACUUCCGCAUCAUCGGCAAGCGUUACGUCAACAUAGUGCAGGUCUCCUGCCACCUGGUGGCCAUGAGCUCCGCCUGCUACAAUCCCUUCAUCUAUGCCUCGCUGCACCACAAGUUCCGGCUGCACCUGCGCCACCUCCUGCACCCGGCCCAGCACCGCCAGAGCAGCCUGCUGUCCCUCCGGGCCUCCCGCCACAACACCACCUGUCUCAGCCUGGUGUCUGAGCCGCUGCCCAGGGACAGCCGUGACCUGGACUGCAACAUGGACAACCCGCUGUGAGCCGAGCCUGCUGGACCCUGUCUCAGGUACGCUCUGCUAGGACAGAAGAGUGGAAGAACAGGUGGAGGUUUCGCGCUUCCCCCAGGUGUUGAUCAGCUCUUUAUCUCUCAUGCAGUCAACAUCCUGAAAAGACUCUACUCUCACCCAUUUUCAUGUGCAUUUUCUCACUUGCUGUGAUUUAAGAUAAGAUUAACUUUUAUAGUCCCCGAGGGGAAAAUCUGUUCAUCUAAAUACAUCACAAAACAUCACACAUCACAUCUAUUACACUUGCAGAACUCGUUACAACAUAGUCAUGACACGUUACAAUAUGUAGUUACAUAUAUGAAACUUUAUAUUUGUUUAUAUCAAAUAUAAACCUCUGUUUAUACUGAAACAGUUGCAUUUACCCUUGCCAUUUAUGUGUAUAAAUUGCUUUAAUAGAUAAGGAAACAAAUGAAUAUUUGUAAUUACCUGAUCUACAUUUGGAAACCAUACAAUGUUUUCUAGUGGGAAGAAGUUGAUAUUCAGAAUUAGAAUACAAUAAUUUU